UACCGAUUCUGAUUACCCAGUCUGGUUAGUCGACAUAAUUGAUUUGAGGAAAAGAAAAACAAUUUCCCAAAAUCUUAUAAUCCUCUACCUUUGUUCACUAAUUUCAGCAGCAGCAGUCACAGCACACCCGAAAUAGGCGUAAACGGACCAAACUUUGUGAUACCAAUCACAUCCCGUCACUGGAAAUGGCAUAUCGUAGGGUUUUACUCUCUCACCUCAGCCGUUCACGCCACUCUUGUUCCUCUUCUCUCUCUCCUCACCAUGUCUCCGCACCGUCGAUCGCGCAUGGUCUUUUCCAAUCGCGGCUGUUUUCCAGCCCCACGGACCUGGGCAGCGGAUUAGAUUUGGGGCAGGAAAUGAUCGGAGCAACUGCGGCUAGCCAUGAUUUAUUGACCCGACAUGUGAUCUCGUUGCUUGAUUCAUACCACGACCUCACUGGAUUGCCCUGGUGGGUCGUGAUUGCUACGUCUACGGUGGCUUUCAGAACGGCUUUGCUUCCUAUCCUCAUUUUGCAGCGGAAGCAAACAAAAGCCAUUUCACACUUCUUACCCAAGUUACCGCCUUUUUGGCCUCCAAAGGGUUCAGGAAGGAGUGUUGUAGAACAGUUGAUGCUCUUUCGGACUGAAAGAAAAGCUCUCGGCUGCCCUUCCUUCUUUUGGAUUCCUGCUUAUUUCUCCAUCCAGAUCUCAUGUUUUUUCUUGUGGAUAACUAGCAUUAGAAGAAUGUCACUUGAUCAUCAUCCUGGCUUUGAUACGGGUGGGGCUUUAUGGUUCCAGAAUUUGACUGAAAUUCCAAACGGUCUUUAUGGUCCACUUUUCCCCUUUUUGAUUGCUGGUUUGCAUUACACCAACACUCAGACCGCUUUUUCAGCUUCUUCAGUUCACAAAGUUGAUAAAUUUGUGCAAUUAGCAAAAACUUACAAGAUAUUUUUGAACUUUUUGACAUUUGCUCUUUAUUUCCUUGCAUUCCAAAUGCCCCAGGGAAGUCUGCUUUACUGGUCUACCAAUUUAUCAUUCAGCAUAGCUCAGCAAUCAAUCAUCAAACAUCCUGUUGUAAGUGCUAAGUUGGGUCUACAAGGAGAUGACACUGUGCUGAAAGAGGCCGGAAACCCUAUAUUGACAAAUAUAGAAGAAGCGAAACUCACUGAUCCAUCCUCGAAAGGACGCAUGAUCUCGGGGCAUGAUUUAACCCCUAAGGAGCUGGUUGCUCUUUCUGCCAAAUACUUAUCUGGAGGGCAAAAGGAAAAUUCAAUUCCUCUAUUAAGAUUGGCAUUAGAAAAAGAUCCUGAAUAUCUUCAAGCUAUGGUUAUUCUUGGUCAGGCUUUAUAUCAGAAAGAACAGUUUGCUGAAGCUGCAAAAUACUUAGAGCGGGCUGCUUCAAAGCUUAUUGAUGUCUGUCCAACAGAAGUUGAAGAAGUCGAUCUUUUGAUUGUUGCAUCACAAUGGGCAGGUGUCUCCAAUAUACGCCAGGGGAAGACAUCAGAGGGAAUUACACACCUUGAAAGAGUAGCGAACAUGGAAGAGCCUGAUGAUCCCAAGAGCAAAGCUCAUUACUUAGACGCAUUGGUGCUCUACUCAAGUGCUAUUUUCAACGAAGGAAGGAGAGAGGAAGCAGCAAAGUACUUGAGAAGAGUGGUGGCUUAUGAUCCAUCGUUCCAAGAAUUAUUGAAAGAAUGCGAGGAAGAGGAUGAUAGCAUUCCCAGUGCCGAUUCCACGUCUACAUCUAACUCUACACACAAACCUUCAUAACUUUCUCUCUUUUUUAUUUUGUUUCUUGCUGAUCUUCUGAGUGGAUUCACCAAUUUUGAAAUUGAUUUUUUCGUGUUUACUUGUCGUUUUCGCUUUUCGGAUAUGGGAAGCUUGUUUCCUUUUAUUCUGUUAAAAUAAGUUUGUACACGAAUAAUGUGUUAUUAGAAGCAAAAUAGCUAACUUUUAUA